AUGUCUUCUUGGUUCAACACCACCAGCACCCUGCGACAUGUGUCUGCCAUCCCAGAGGGCAUCCCCGCUUCCAAGCUGGUAGAAGAUCCAGCUCCCACAAUUCCCGCGGCGCGUGGAGUCACGGCUACGGGUGAGCCCGACUGCUACCGCGUUACGGACAAGGUACACACCCUCCCCGCUGGUCUCUGGGACUCGGACAUUGUCAGCACCUACGAGAUGAUUGAUGUCCGAGACGGCGUGUUUGUGCGCAUUCGCAGUCCAAUGAGCGUCAUGAUGGAGUCGCUCUGGCUUGUCAAGGAGACGGAGCAAGGCAGGCUUGAGUUGGUGGAGGAGCAGGUGAUUACAGCGUCGCGGCUGCUCAUGAGUACGGUGAAAUCAAUGUCAGAGGCUGGAUGGGAGGGAAUACAUGCUUCCAUGAUCAAAAAGGCACAGGAAUAG